UGGUGUGAGUCUGGGCAGAACUCUCACUGGUGCUUACUUUCUAAUUUUCUAGGCACACACAUACAGGAAAUCACACACUGUCACCAUUCAUGUUUUCCCCAAUUAGUCUUUUACCUUCAGGGCCUCAGAUGCUGUGCUUGCCAUCCUCUUAAACUCCUGUGUGUGUGUUUCAUUUUACAGUCUCUGUGUGUAAGUGAUGUCUUGUCUUUCAUUUCCUUGAUUUGCAAACUUUGGACUCAUCUACUUAAAAAAAAAACAAAAAACAUUAUAUUCUACCAUUAAAUAUUGACACACACACACAGUACAAUAUUUUGCUCUUGAUUUCCUGGAUUUGCUGAUGCUGCAGGACUCUCAUCUACUGAAAACAACAUUGGAUAUACACUACUAUUAAAUAUUUACUUUUUCAUACACACACACACACACACUCUCUCAUUACUCUGAGCCGUCAUCAUGCUGUACAGUCGACAAAUGUCGAGUCACCAACAGCUGCGAGUGCUAGUAGAGCAGCUGCAGAGAGAGGCUAACAUAGACCGCAUGAAAACCUCGGACGCAAUCAACCACCUGAAGAGGUACAUCUCAGAGCACGAGGCUGAGGACUGCCUUCUCAUCGGCUUCGCCUCUCAGAAGGCAAAUCCAUUCAGGGAGAAGAGCUCCUGCACCGUCCUGUAAUGAAUAUGUGAGGGAACACCAGAAGGAUGACUAUCUCUGCCACCCUGCCAGAAACCCCCGGGCCAACCCAUUCCGUGAGAAGACCCUUUGCCAGAUUAUUUAACCCCUCGUGCUGUCUUUAGUUCAUUGCCGUGCCGCCUUCGCUGUAUAUGUUGUAGUGUUUCUAGCGGUCAGGAGGUUUUUACGAGUCUUUAGUUUGUGUAGAAGAUUCUGUUUAAGUACAGAGGGAAUGAUUUUUUUGUCAUGAAAGAGAUUUUUUUUCUGUGUGUGUGUGUGGAUGGGUGGGUGGUGAGGACUCCACUUACAGUGGGAAUAAUUUAUGCUCGACUUAUUUUAUUGCUGAAUGUCUGUUGUGUUGUGCUGUGUUUUCUGCAUCACAACAUUUUAAGGAGUCUUGUUUCUUUUAGUUUGAGUGAUUGAGUGUCAUUUCCCUUUCAGCAAUGAUGGAGUGGCUUAUGCAGGAGUUAUUUUAUCGAUGAAUGUCUGUCGUGCUUUAUGCGUCACAAAAUUUUUAAGAGUCUUCAUUUAGUUUGCAUGAGUGAGUGAGUGAGGAUUCCCUUUCAGCACCAAGGGAAUGACUAAUACUGGAGGUUUUUUAUGGAUGAAUGUGUGUUAAUGUUUUCUGAGUCACAUCUUGAGGUUUGCUGUGUGAGGAGUGAUUGCCAGUGAGUGAAGAAGAGUCUGUUGUGUUUUCCAAGUCACGCAUCAAGGUAUUCUAUGUGAGUAUUGAAAAAGUUUGUGUGGUUGUAAAUAAUUUUGUCCUUUAUGUUUUGAAGGUCACAUAAAUACUUAUAGUGAUUGUAUUAUAAGGUUCAUGUCACAAUUACCAUGUAUGCUCCUUCAGUCAGGAACACAGGCUUAAGUAUCUUGUGGUUGCUAUGUGUUGAAGGUUUAAUGCAGCCUAUUAUAUGUGUAUGUGUGACGUCUUUGUGGGCAAGGAAUGCUGGUUGAGAAUUAAAAGAAGAGGUGAUAAUUAUUGCAUUUGCUUAUCAAACACUUUCUUCCUAUUUUGCUCUGUUCUUUUAAGCUUUCCUUCUUACUUAUCUCCUUGUUCCUUACUUGCUUUUCCUUUUUAUUAUUUUAAGUUUAUUUUCAUAUUUCUCUCUGUCUCCUGCUUUUUUUUCCUCUCUCUCUCUCUCUCUCUCUCUCUCUCUCUCUCUCUCUCUCUCUCUCUCUCUCUCUCUCUCUCUCUCUUUCAAGCUGAUUUUCACAUUUCUCUCCUCAUUCUCUACUUUAUUUUCUCCUCUCUCUGUCCUUCUCUAUCCUCUUUAACUAAUUUCCACAUUUUCUCUUCAUCCUUUACUUUCUUUUCCUCUUUCUUUUCCCUAGACUCUUUUAUGAAGUCUGUAUUUUUUUUUUUUUUUUGUCUAGAAAUGAAGGUUAAGACUGAAGGAACGGAUAAUCUGCCUUGAUGUAUUUUAUUAUUAAGUGUUUCUUCAUACAUAUACAUAUUUGCACUCUCCUUUUUUCUUUCUUUGUAAACAUGUUUGUGCUUGCUUUUUCCUUGCUUUAUUUAUUGAGCCUAAGGAUUCACUAGCGACCUGUCAGUUGAGCAGCUUUAUACUGGUUAUGUGACGAAAGUUUGUUCUAUAUUUUUCAUAGUCUAUUUAAAACACUCUCACUCUCUUUCUCUCUCUGUAUUUCUUAUCUUUUGUGAUGGAGGGUUUGUUUUCUUCAUCUUCUGUUGUCUAUUUAAAACAUUCUCUCUCUCUUUGUUCUUCUUGAUCUGUUUUAUCGAGUCCUUUACAGAUUUGUUGUGGAAUGACUGAUAUGGGGAUAAAAGUUUGCUGCUCUGUUUAUCUUUUUCACUUUCUCCUUGUUGUUCUUUAUCUGCUUUUAUUGAGUCAUUGAAGAUUCACGAGCACCUUGUCAAUUGCUAGGUUUGGAAUGACUGGUCUUCUAUUUAUUCAUAUUUUUUGAGAUAUUUUAAUGUUUUUUUCUCCUCAGUUGUAAUCUCAUAAUAUCACAAGUUCUUAGUGAUUUAUUAGCAGCAUUUCACUGGGUUUGGAAUGACUUUUGUAAACAUCCUCACUUCUUUUCUCCUUACUUGUAAUCUCUUAUUAUUGUCCUUAUUAGCUCUAGCCUGUCUUUCUCUGUGUGUGGAAUGGCUGGUCUUGGGGUGAAGGCUUGCUGCAUCCUUCAAGGCUACACUGUUACCAAAACACUCACGCACAAACAAAUCUCUUGACGAACACUAGCCGAGAUCUCCAGCAAGGCACCACUACUAUUACUACUAUUAUUACCAGUGUUGGUGUUGGGAAGGUUCUGGUUCCAAGGAAUUAACUGUAAGCUCAAGGUUAGGAUAUCUGUUGUGGUUUAAAUUUGAUAAUAUAAAAACAGAUUGUUGUCACCCUCAUUAAUAUUACAGCUCUAUAUAUAGUUUUGAACUUGUUGAAUGUAGCAGGAGCAUACAGAAUAUAUUAUAUGAAUAAAGAUAUAUAUAUAUACUUAUAUAUAUACACACACGCGCGCCUAUUUAACGUUACUUGUACGGUUGUGGUCGGAAGUCUAGUAACCUGCUGCUCUUAUUUCCAGUGUGUUUAGUGGCUUUCCCUCAAUCUUGAUCCUUUCACUGCUAAUGACACAUCUUUCAUCAACCACAAGCCACUCUGACAGUUCCCUUAUGUACAUCAGCCUUAUCUAAAUAUUAUACUCGCUUAACAAUGGGAAAAUCAACUUUUAAUCCCUCAUCUUUCUUCUUAUGGUGGUUGAAGAGAUUUUGUUGCAUAGUCUUCCUUCUCCCAUAUUUCCUCUCCUUUGAUUAAGAAGGAAACACUAAGCACACUGGCAGUUACUGUGGCAUAUUGGACUGAUGACUGUGGCUAUACCUUAGAUAUUGUAGUUAUUUCUAAUCCCAUGGCAGUGAAGGACAUUCUUUGGUGUCUCUUAGUGGAGGUGAGGCAGACUGGCUAUACUGAGCUGUUGUUUGUACCUGGGGAAUUAGUUGUUGUGUUAUAUUUGUUUAUCUUGGUGGAUUUUAUUGAGAUAUUUUGAGGUGAAUAAAUAGGGAUUUACUGGUGUCUGUUGAGUUGAAAUUGUAAGGUUUUAUUGAGGUGCAUACAUUGAGCUAAAUUGAUGUUUUACUGAGUCUUUUUUUAAGUGAACUGAUAAGAAUCCACUGGGGUUUGUUAAGCUGAAAUUACAAGGUUUUACCGAGUUAUUGUGAAUUGAUCAAGUUUUCUGAUUUUUGGAGAUGAAAUGCUGAAAUAUGUUGAGUUGAAGUGCUAAGGUGCUACUGAGGUAUGUUGCAGUGAUAAAGGUUUUCAUAUUUGAAGCUCAAAUAACGAAGUUCUUCUGAAGUGUACUGAGCUGAAAUGAUAAGUUUUUGUUUUGUAUUUUGACCUGAACUGAUAGAAGAUUCAAUAUUACUCCAUACUUAUUACCAUCUUCAACCAUCUUCCAUAAAAGCAUGAUGUAGUUCUAUUACACAUAAGAUCAUAAGAAAAUCGAGACUGCAAAAAGACAACUUGAUCCACAGAAGGCAGCUCAUGACAUUAACUUUCAGAUAACACCAAUGAUAUUGUAAUAAUAGCAAUAGCAGCACUAAGACUAGUAAUAGCAAUAGAUGACAUGCAUAUCUAUGACUACAAUAUACAACUUCAUAUCAAACAAGUAUUAUUGCCUCUUAACUGAUGUCAUUCUUCUUUAUAGUAAUGCUAGAAUGUCUGUUAAUCUUCUUUUGCUGUUUGCCUAGUCAUGUACAAGUCUCUCAAUAUAUAACUAUAUAUCAAACAAGUACUGUUGCCACUUAAGUUAUGUCAGUUUUCUCUGUGGUAAUGUUGAAAUACCUGCCUGGCUUGCCCACAGUGAGCAGACACCAUUGGAUGUCUUUCUCUACCCAAUCUGAGGGGCUUAUAAUUAUAGUACAGGUGAACUGCAAUUUACAAGCGAGUUACGUUGUUUAGAAAUUUUGUAAAACUGAAGAAUCGUAAACUAGAAUCAUACUUAGCUUUGGAAUUUCUUCACUCACUGCAUAUUUAACCCCUCCACUCCAGUAUAAAUAUCUUCCUAUGUCCACCUACAACAUUUUGGACACAUGUGUUACAGUCUCUAGUAGUUUUGCAGCCUAAAAAUGACAAAAUUAAUCCCAUUACUCUUUUCUUUCUGUAUCCAUGCAUUAUUUUACAGUGCUUUCAAUGUCACAGUCUCUUUUGAGUAUGUUUCUAGAUUUCCAAAUGCAAAUUAUGCAUAAUACUCACAGUAUUUUAUAACCUCAAAAAAAUUCACGAAUCAAACUUCUGUAAAUUGUGAUUUGUCUGUAUGUAGUAUUUAAUUGCUCUCCUCAGCACUCUUGUUUGUCACUCCCGGCUGCAUCUCUCGUUGCCAGCACGUCUGUUCACUCCGUCACUUGGGUUCCCAGCAGAGCCGCUCGGAGGUGGCCUCGUCCCUCCGCCUCUCCAGUACUUACUUUUAUUUAUUAACGUUGUCUUCCAAUUUAAGUAUUCGAGAUGUACGGAAGUUUCUGUUCCUGAGUUUUAAAGGGACUGUCUGUAACUAAUGCUUGUGUUUGGUGUUCAUGGUAUGCGUAUUAUUGAGUUUGAGGCAGCUCAUGUAACAUCAUUGAGAUGUGAAGUAUUUGAAAGUUUUUUUACACACACACACACACACACACACACACUGGAAUUACAUUUCAUAGCAGCUUAGUCAAAACAUAUUAGAUGAAUUCGUGUAGUUGUAUUUGUGGUUCUUCCUAAUUUCUGCUGCAUAAAAAGACAAAAUUAACAUUAUUUUCUCUUUUCUCUGUGUUUGUGGAAGGAAUUUUUACAGUGCUAGGAAGGUUAGUGAAGGAUGACCAUAUUAGUGAAAGGGUUGAGGCUUUUUUGGGUUUCAUUCCUGACUUAACACAGCACCAUGUGACUGACAUCUGCUGCUUUCUUGGCCUUUACUAAUUAAGAAUUAAGUGUGUGUGUUUGUGUGUGUGAAGAACUUCUAUUUUGGUAUUGUGAAUGGAAUCAUGGGAAAUACUGCUUAAAACCAGACAUGAUACAGAUUACUGGAAAUAUGGUUAAUCAAAUAUUGUAGGUAGCAUAUCGGAAUUAUGCACAUUACACCAGGUCACAUGAGAUAUUACUAUUAUAUGUAUGUUAAACUUGUUUGUUAGGAAAGUUGGGUUCUCUGGAGACUAAUCUUGUGUAGCAUGAGUUCUUGUUAUUAGUACAGCAGCUGUAAUACUCCUGCAGUGGUGUACAUCAGUGUCAAUAAAAAGUCGCUGGUUA